UUAUGUUACUUUCUAGCUAGCCCUUCACCCUAUAUGUUCAUGCUUUGAAAAGAGUGAUUCAGGUGCAAGUUUGAGUUUUAGAGUCUUCAAAAAUGAUGGUGGCUAGUAGCACAUGUUUUCUCAUGAUUUUACUGUCGUCUCUCAUGUUCUCCACUGUUCUUUCACAAAUCAAUGGAGCAUCCUCAAAUUUUACGAGAAAGCAAACAUUUAUAGUUCUUGUUGACCCUCACUCCAAGCCCUAUCCUUUUGUUUCUCAUGAAAAUUGGUAUUCUUCCCUUAUCUCCAUAUCCUCUGCACCUAUCCAUGUUUACAACAAUCUGUUUCAUGGGUUUUCUGCCCGGCUUACGUUGGAAAAUGCCAAAUAUGUGGAAAACAGUGAUGGAGUUUUGGGUGUGUUUCAAGAUUCUGUUUUGCAGCUGCACACCACAAGAUCACCAUCUUUUCUUGGGCUUCAUCACUUGGAAUCUCUGUUUGUCAACUCCACGUCUUCUGAUGUUGUGAUUGGUUUGAUCGAUACCGGAAUAUGGCCGGAAAGCGAGAGCUUUUCCGACGAGGGAUUCGGUGACAUUCCGAGUCGUUGGAAGGGAGAGUGUGAAGAAGGCGUGGGAUUCAACGCUUCAAAUUGCAAUAAGAAGUUGAUAGGGGCCAGAUACUUUGUGGGUGGCUAUGAAGAAGGUGAAUCAUUUGCCGGUGAAUACCGGUCGCCCAGAGAUUCCGACGGUCACGGUACCCAUGUUGCUUCCAUUGCCGCCGGCGCUCCGGUGCCGGACGCCGGGUUUUUCGGGUUUGCCGGCGGGUUGGCGAGGGGAAUGGCUCCGGGAGCCAGAAUUUCGAUUUAUAAGGUUUGUUGGGCUUCCGGUUGUUUAAUGUCCGACGUUGUUGCUGCAUUUGAUAAAGCCGUUUCCGACGGUGUUGAUAUUAUUUCAUACUCUCUAGGAUUAUCCCAACUGCCAUUUUACCUUGAUUUCUUAGCAAUAGCAGCGUUCCGUGCGGUCCAACGAGGUGUACUCGUCGUGGCAUCCGCCGGUAACGAAGGACCGUUAACCGGAAGCAUCACGAACGCGCCGCCGUGGAUUCUGACAGUCGGCGCCGGCACUCUUGACCGGAGAUUCCCAGCUCUCGUUCAUCUCGGAAAUGGCCAAAUAUUGUCAGGCGAAUCUGUCACCUUAUCAACCCGAUCCAUAUUGGGUCGUUAUCCACUCCAACUCCAUCUCUUACGUAACGUCACAUCUUCUUCAAGUUUUGAUUUCUCCCGCCAAGACAUCGUCGGAAAAAUCGUCCUCUGCAUGCUCCAUAAACAUGUCCCACGGUUGUCCCUCGGCAUGUUCCUUAAAAAGGCCGGAGCUUUAGCCAUGUUAAUCUCCCAUGGUGAAAUUGACCCGGAAGGCCUUAUCUCGGAGCCCCAUGAAAUACCCACCAUCACAAUUGGUGUGGCAGAAGCCCAGAUGGCAGCAGAUUACAUACUGGCCAAUGAAAAUCCGGUGGCCGCCAUUUCUUCCGGUGGAACAGUUUCCAAGCAUGCAAGAUCUGCCCCUACAGUCGCCUCCUUCUCGUCAAGAGGACCCAAUUCUAUGGUCCCUGCAAUUUUAAAGCCUGAUAUUAUCGCCCCAGGGGUUAAUAUCUUAGCGGCUUGGACCGGCGCCGUAGGGCCAUCCGGGAUCGCGUCUGAUGAUCGGCGGUCGAGCUUCAAUAUUUUAUCCGGCACGUCCAUGGCGUGCCCUCAUGUGGCCGGAAUCGGGGCGUUGAUUAAAUCGGUGCACCCAAAUUGGGGUCCGAGUGAAAUCAAAUCUGCCUUGAUGGCUACCGCCUCAAUUCAAGAAUCAUUUUAUCACAAAUCGAUCCAUUUUUCGCCAAUUCAAGACGAGUCUACAAAUAAUACAAGUAACCCGUUUGUUAUGGGAGUGGGACAUAUACAUCCCAAACGUGCCAUGGAUCCACAUUUGGUCUUCGACACUACACACCAAGACUAUAUACAUUUUUUUUGCAAAUUGAACUAUACAAAAAAACAGAUCAAAAUCAUAACGGGCAAAUCAAAUAUAUUUUGUUCAAAUUCAGACAACGAUGACUUGAAUUAUCCGGCCAUCAUCGUGGAUGAAGAGGUAGCACGAGGCGGAGUUGCAUUGGUACGGAGGUUGAAGAAGGUUUCUGAAGGAGUUGAAGAGUACGAGGGCAAAGUGGUUGGACCAAGAGGAUAUUAUAGGAUGAAUGUGAGGCCUAAGAGGUUAAAAUUUCAUAGAAUAGGGGAAAGAUUGAAAUUUACAGUAAAUUUGAAGGGGCAAAGUAGGAAUAGGAGGGAUUUGUGGGUAGGGGCCAUAAUAUGGAGGGAGAGAGUGCAAAGACAUAAGGGGGUUAGGUGUCCCAUAAUUAUCUACCCUACAAAUGCAUAG